CCAGCCGAUCUGUGCGGGUACACACAUCCUCGCACUGUUCGUCUACUGCAGCGAAGCUGUACAAUCCCACGUGUCUCGAACGUCCAACAAUCCACUUGACUAUCUCCGUCUCUUGAUGCAAAGCUGUACUUGCGUCCAUCAUUUCAACUUUGUUCAUCUCAUUUGGACCAGAAAAUCCGAGUUUGUCCGCCUGAUUAAACAAUACGGGUCUAAAUCCUGCCCAGGUCAUGGUAAGAGGGCAGCCCCCGUCUGGCUGGCUACCCUAAUUCCGUGCAUCUUCCUCGGAAUGGGACUCCUCGACGUGGUCGUCGUGCAUGAAAAACCGGCGGGAAACGAUACCCUGCAAAACGUCGUGAUAGAAUUGAGCAGUCCGUUCUUUAAUCCGAAAGCGUGCGAAUUAAGUCGUAACUUGGAUACAGGUUAUGCUAAUGAUACCGAAUUCCAAUUCUACCUGAACUACGCCGUCUACAUGAUUCUGCUCUACGCCCGAAUUAUGCUGAGCUAUUCGACCGACACGGUAAUUUUCUGCCUCGUUCUUCUCCUCUACCUCGCAAUUCGGUCGUAUUACGAAAUUCUGCUGGAAACUCGGAUCACCAACGAGACCUCGUUCGCCUCCGCGUUGACGAAAUAUUUCGAGGCGUGCAAACUGAUCGAGCUGAUGAACGAGACGUUUGCCCGAGUCAUGUUGACCUAUGUGUUGGAAGCGUUCUCCUUCUAUGCCGUGUACCUCAAGGAGAUCGCCGUCUUUGAUGGGCAGUGCGCCUACAUGAAGGUCAAGAUGACCCUGUCCUUCCUCCUGAUCUGUUCAGUUUUCUACUUUUGUGCAGAAAUUGUGGGAAUGAUGGACAAAGCAAAAUUCAUCCUGAUCAAUUCCAACCUGGCAAGAAAUCCAGGUUCACACCUGGACCUGAUUAGCAUCAGGGUUCAAUUGAGCACUCAUUCUUACGGGUUGAGUGGAAACGGAUUCUUCCUAAUUAACUACUCCUUCGUGUCAGCGGUGUGCAACACUUUAUUAACAUAUUUCAUAAUCAGUGUACAAUUUCAGUCAAAAGCGGUGUAACUUUUAUCGAAUAAAUUUUAUUCUACAGUAAA